GAGGAGAAGGAGAAGGAGGCGGAGGGAGGGAGGAGGAGGAGGCCCCGUCGCGGCCUUCGCCGCCGCCAACGGGGCUGUCCCUGUAGCUCCCGAUGGAGUUUGAGGCCCUGAAACCGCCGCCGAGCUCUGCCCCGGCGAGACGAGGCGCCUCCGUCGCCGAGCCGCGCCGUCGCGGGGCUCCCGGGAGCGGCCCUUAGCGACCCCGCCCGGGCCCCUCAGCUUACAGAACACUACACAGUAAAAUAAUGAUGUGCUAGACUGCUAACCCGAGCAUCAGCUUCCACAAUGCCUGUGCAGGCAGCUCAAUGGACAGAGUUUCUGUCCUGUCCAAUCUGCUAUAAUGAAUUUGAUGAGAAUGUGCACAAACCCAUCAGUUUAGGUUGUUCACACACAGUUUGCAAGACCUGCUUAAAUAAACUUCACCGAAAAGCGUGUCCUUUUGACCAGACUGCCAUAAACACAGACAUUGAUGUGCUCCCUGUCAACUUUGCACUUCUUCAGUUAGUUGGAGCCCAGGUACCAGAUCAUCAAUCAAUAAAGUUAAGUAAUAUAGGUGAGAAUAAACACUAUGAAGUGGCAAAAAAAUGUGUUGAGGAUUUGGCACUCUACUUAAAACCACUAAGUGGUGGUAAAGGUGUAGCUAGUUUGAACCAGAGUGCCCUGAGCCGUCCAAUGCAAAGGAAACUGGUUACACUUGUAAACUGUCAACUGGUGGAGGAAGAAGGUCGUGUCAGAGCCAUGCGAGCGGCUCGCUCACUAGGAGAAAGAACUGUGACAGAACUGAUACUGCAGCAUCAGAACCCUCAGCAGCUGUCUGCCAACCUGUGGGCUGCUGUCAGGGCUCGAGGAUGCCAGUUUCUAGGGCCAGCUAUGCAAGAAGAAGCCUUAAAGUUGGUAUUGCUGGCAUUAGAAGAUGGUUCUGCCCUCUCAAGGAAAGUUCUGGUACUUUUUGUUGUGCAAAGACUAGAACCAAGAUUUCCUCAGGCAUCAAAAACAAGUAUUGGUCACGUUGUGCAGCUACUGUACCGAGCUUCUUGUUUUAAGGUUACUAAAAGGGAUGAAGACUCUUCCCUGAUGCAGCUAAAGGAGGAAUUUCGGAGUUAUGAGGCACUGCGAAGAGAGCAUGAUGCCCAAAUUGUUCAUAUUGCCAUGGAAGCAGGACUCCGUAUUUCACCUGAGCAAUGGUCCUCACUGCUGUAUGGGGACUUGGCUCAUAAAUCACACAUGCAGUCUAUCAUUGAUAAGCUACAGUCUCCAGAAUCAUUUGCAAAGAGUGUCCAGGAAUUGACAAUUGUUUUGCAGCGAACAGGUGACCCAGCUAAUUUAAAUAGACUGAGGCCUCAUUUAGAGCUUCUUGCAAACAUAGACCCUAAUCCAGAUGCUGUUUCACCAACUUGGGAGCAGUUGGAAAAUGCAAUGGUAGCUGUUAAAACAGUGGUUCAUGGUCUUGUGGACUUCAUACAAAAUUAUAGUAGGAAAGGCCACGAAACACCCCAGCCUCAGCCAAACAGCAAGUACAAAACCAGCAUGUGCCGAGAUUUGCGACAACAAGGGGGUUGUCCACGAGGAACAAAUUGUACAUUUGCCCAUUCUCAGGAAGAACUUGAAAAGUACCGAUUGAGGAACAAAAAGAUGAGCGCGACUGUAAGAACGUUUCCUCUUCUGAAUAAAGUUGGUGUAAACAGCACUGUCACAACCACAGCCGGAAAUGUCAUUUCUGUCAUAGGAAGUACUGAAACAACUGGGAAAAUUGUUCCAAGUGCAAAUGGAAUUUCAAAUGCAGAAAGCAGUGUUUCCCAGUUAAUCCCACGAAGUGCUGACAGUGCAGUACGGACUCUGGAGACUGUGAAGAAAGUUGGGAAGGUUGGCACUAAUGGCCAGAAUGCUGCUGGGCCCUCUGCAGAGACUGUGUCUGAAAAUAAAAUUGGUUCUCCACCCAAGACUCCUGUAAGUAAUGCAGCAGCUACCUCCACUGGGCCCUCUAAUUUUGGAACAGAGCUGAAUUCCAUGCCUCCCAAAUCCAGCCCAUUUCUAACUAGAGUUCCAGUAUAUCCUCAGCAUUCUGAAAACAUUCAGUAUUUUCAAGAUCCAAGGACUCAGAUACCUUUUGAGGUCCCACAAUAUCCACAAACAGGAUACUACCCACCACCUCCAACGGUACCAGCUGGUGUGACUCCCUGUGUUCCUCGCUUUGUGAGGUCCAAUAACGUUCCAGAGUCCUCCCUCCCACCUGCUUCCAUGCCAUAUGCUGAUCAUUACAGUACAUUUUCCCCUCGAGAUCGAAUGAAUUCUUCUCCUUACCAACCUCCUCCUCCGCAGCAGUAUGGACCAGUUCCCCCAGUACCCUCUGGAAUGUAUGCUCCUGUGUAUGACAGCAGGCGCAUCUGGCGCCCAGCUAUGUACCAACGAGAUGACAUUAUUAGAAGCAAUUCUUUACCUCCAAUGGAUGUGAUGCACUCAUCUGUCUAUCAGACAUCUUUACGGGAAAGAUACAACUCAUUAGAUGGAUAUUAUUCGGUGGCGUGUCAGCCACCAAAUGAGCCAAGGACGACUGUGCCUUUACCAAGGGAACCUUGUGGUCAUUUGAAGACCAGUUGUGAGGAACAGUUAAGAAGAAAGCCAGAUCAGUGGGCACAGUACCAUACUCAGAAAGCACCUGUCUCUUCUACUCUUCCUAUGGCAACACAGUCACCAACACCACCUUCUCCUCUAUUCAGUGUAGACUUCCGAUCAGAUUUCUCUGAGAGUGUGAGUGGCACAAAAUUUGAGGAAGACCAUCUUUCCCAUUAUUCUCCCUGGUCUUGUGGCACCAUAGGCUCUUGUAUUAAUGCCAUUGAUUCAGAGCCCAAAGAUGUAAUUGCUAAUUCAAAUGCUGUGCUAAUGGACCUGGACAGUGGGGAUGUUAAGAGAAGAGUGCAUUUAUUUGAAACUCAGAGAAGGACAAAGGAAGAAGACCCAAUUAUUCCCUUUAGUGAUGGACCUAUUAUCUCAAAAUGGGGUGCAAUUUCCCGAUCCUCCCGAACAGGUUACCAUACAACAGAUCCUGUCCAGGCCACUGCUUCCCAAGGAAGUGCAACUAAGCCCAUCAGUGUAUCAGAUUAUGUCCCUUAUGUCAAUGCUGUUGAUUCAAGGUGGAGUUCAUAUGGCAGUGAGGCCACCUCAUCAGCACACUACAUUGAACGGGACAGAUUCAUUGUUACUGAUUUAUCUGGACAUAGAAAGCAUUCCAGUACCGGAGACCUUUUGAGCAUUGAGCUUCAGCAGAGGGAGGCUAAUGCUCUGGCCAUGCAGCAGAAGUGGAAUUCCCUGGAUGAAGGUCGUCACCUUACUUUAAAUCUUCUCAGCAAAGAAAUUGAACUGAGAAACGGAGAGAAUGAUUAUACAGAAGACACAGUAGAUACGAAGCCUGAUAGGGAUAUUGAGUUAGAGCUUUCAGCACUUGAUACUGAUGAACCUGAUGGACAAAGUGAACAAAUUGAAGAAAUCCUGGAUAUACAACUUGGUAUUGGUUCUCAAAAUGAUCAGUUACUAAAUGGAACAGCAGUGGAAAAUGGCCAUCCAGUCCAGCAGCACCAAAAGGACCCAGUAAAGCAGAAGAGACACAGUUUAGGUGAAGACCGUGUGAUUCUGGAGGAGCAAAAAACAAUUCUGCCGGUAACAUCUUGCUUUAGCCAGCCACUCCCAGUGUCUAUUAGCAGUGCAAGCUGCCUCCCCAUCACCACAUCUGUCAGUGUUGGCAACCUCAUUCUGAAAAAUCACGUUACGUCUGAAGAUAAAAACGACUUUUUAAAACCUAUUGCAAAUGGGAAGAUGGUUAACAGCUGAAAGGAGGCUCAUCUUUCAAACUUGUGACCACACCAUGGAAGCAUUUACACUAGCUUUUUAUAUAUAUAAUAUAUAUUAUAUAAUGUAUAUUUUUUUUAAAAAAAAGAUAUUACUGAGGGCAUCCAUUUCCUGUGGACUCUUUGAUACUUCAAGCCCUCCUGCAUUAGCAUUAUGAAAAAAAAAAAGAAAAUUUACUUUACUAGGGUAAUGUUCACUUUCCAGAAAUUAUUGGAAUUUGGACAACAUUUAACUUAAGCUUCAAGCAGCUUUUUAUGAGUUUGUAGCAAUCCGGUGCAGUAACUGAGCCAUUUCCUAUUUUAAAUGGCUUCUACAGUAAAUUAACAACUCAGUUAUUAAACUAGCAGGAUCCUACAAUGAUACAUCUAGUGAAAGUAGAGUUAAUUAACUAACUUAUUUCUAUUUUAUGUUUCACUGAGAGAAAUUUCCAUCUCAUUCCAGCUGCUUUAUUUAUCAUUUUCAUUGGACUUUGCAUGGAAUUUUCUUUUUCUGUCUUUUUUUUUUUUUUUUUUAAGAGUGGAGUUAGAUGUUCUUACCAUAGAGUUUUACAGGGUUAUAUAAUAGCUUUCUUUACUGCAUUAUAUGUAGAAGUGUGGUGCAGUGCUUUUAUCUGUAGCAUUUAAUUUUUUAAUUUUCCAUUUUUCAAGAAUAGUUCUGCUUUGUUAAUAUUUAUACACAGGCUACUUGUUGAAGUAAUUAAUUAAAAAUAUAACCAGUGCCUAAGUCUUUCAGCUGAUGUACUAGAUAUUAAAUUCUCCUAAGUUAUGCAGAAUCGUUUUUACAAUUUUGAUAAAUUAUGCACUAAUGUAAUGGCAAUUUUUUAAAAUGCAGAUUUAAGCCUGUACAUUAUUGAAUCUGAUGACUUGGCAAAAGAAUCAGGUGCUUUCAGCUUUCUUGAGAAAACCCUGUAUGUAGCGUUUGCACUGACUAACAAGAUGGUAUUGCUGGGUCUUUAAUUUAAAGAAAUAAUUUGGUGUUCAUUGCAUUAUUUUAGUUAGAUAUUGUUUAUUGUUACUUCAUGUUGGGUUUAAUUUUCCUUGUUUUCUGACUGUUAGGUUGACAAGACUUUGAACCAUGUAGUAGUAGAACAUUGGCUAACAUUUACCCAUACUUAAAAACAUGAAUAAUUUUUGCCUUGCCAUAAUGUGACUGAAAUAUUCAUUGGCAUCAACCAGCCAUGCCCCAGAUUUUGUGGGUGGUGUUUUAUUGAAGCUUAAAUUUCAGUCAACAUUUGAAAACAAAAGCUGGGCAUUCCUUCCGGGUAGUAAUCCUAUAGUUUGUCUUUUUGUUCUUUCUCCAUUUCUUUAAGAUUAGUUUGACUUUAUUAUUUUUUAAUUAACUUCUGUGAAGUUGUUUACUCUGAAAAUUGUACUGGAAUAUUUUAAGCCAAGCUGAUCUUUCACCAGGUGUACUGUAUGUAAGGGCUUCUCCUGCUAGCAAGAUGCUUAAACAGGAUCAUGUUAUUGGUCGUCUGAGCUAUUUAGUUAUUUUACAAAAACCACAGCAUUGUAUCAGAGAAGAUUUUGAUAAAAGUUUUGUGCACAUUUCCAGGGGUGGGAGGGUUGACAUUUCCCUGAAAUUUCUUGAUUGGAAUGAGUAAAUACUGGUGUUUGAUACCUGUCUUAAUGAACAUGCUCAUAAGGUGACUGAUAAGUUGUAAAUAAUACCUGAGAAACAAAGGGGUAGUUUUGAUAUUCUGGUGUCAGUAUGGAAGAUCUUACACAUUUA